AUGGCAGCGGUAGCCUGCGCAGGGUACGGUUGUGGCGAGACGAGAUUGUUUUACAUCGGAACCGAUGGCAUCAUACACGACGUUAAGGAAGGCGAGAGUACUCAAUGGAACUCUGGUGGUUCGGUCGUUGGUGCCAGGCUGGGCCCUAUGCCCGGUUCACAACUUGCGGCAACGUUCACCCAACGACUCCCAGACGAAAAUGAGCGAAAGGAGAGCAACGCCGAACGACAAAACCGGCUCAUCGCUUACCAAGGGCUGAAUGGGAAAGUAUAUGUCGCCAACGACACCAACACAUACGCCAACCCACAGCCACUAGAAUUCAUGCCCAACUGGACAACCAAUACGAGCCUUGCCAUCAUUGCACAAUUCGGUGGCGCGGUGCUUGACGAAGCCAGUCUAGUAGCAAAGGGUCCGGGGACGGUAGAUUCAGAGGUCAGCAUGAUAGAGGCCAGACUCGACUUAGAGACCAAGUCGUGGGUCAAAGAACCUGUCGUAAUAGACAAUAUCCCCCAGUCCCAAGAUUCAGUAUCACCGACCGCGACCCCUCAAUUCGCUGUCACGAUGCGAAACAACUGGCUAGACACCGUCUAUCUGUCUCUAAACUCCGACGGAACAAUGGCUAGCCGGAUCAUAGGCCAGCACAAUGAGACAAUGAGCCAGAUCACACUCGAAAAGUCUGGAGGAAAUCUUGCAAAAUUUUCGGCUAUUGCAACAUCGAUGGACGGGCACCUCUACGGUAUUGUCGACGAUACGAUACGGGAGUACUCUUUUGAUACGUCCGAUGCGUCUAUCUUACAUCUCGACGGAAUUAUCUAUGACUGUUCGGCAAACAAAUCUUCUUAG